AUGAAGAAAGGAAAACGGAAGGAAAACGGAGUCGAUCCAGGGCGUACUACCCCUUCUUCCGGUACAUCGACACCUGCCAGCAAAGCUCGCCAGGUCUUUCCCCAGAGGGCAUGGUGGCUGGAUGUGGCCAGCCCAACGUGGGAAGAUAUGAAAGCUAUUGGGCAGCUUUUGCAUAUUCAUCCUCUAACUCUAGAAGAUAUAUUACAACAAGAUCCUCGGGAGAAACUCGAACUGUUCCCAAAACUUGGUUACUAUUUUAUCGUAUUUAAAGCCCUAGAAAGUGUCAAGACGCAAGAACGCUUCUUCCGCUCCCAACUCAAUGGCGAUACGUAUUUUCCUCAAGAUGAAGGCUUCGUCGGCGAAGCUAUGGUGUAUCUAGUAGUCUUCCGAGAAGGUGUUAUUUCUUUUCACUAUUCGGAUAUCUCAGAGCAUACUGAUCGCGUUCGAAAUAAAUUGCUAUUAAUGGAUGAAGAUGUCAACGUAUCCAACGCCUCUUCCGAUUGGAUUGCACACGGCAUCCUGGACUCCAUUGUCGAUUCUUUCUUCCCGUUUCAAGAAGGAAUAGAGAUGGAGAUUGCAGCAAUUGAAGACCUCGUAUUCUCUGAUAACCAUUUGCGGCUUAAGGAGAGUCCUUUGCCAGAGGUGGUAACUCCCAACUUCCAGAUGCCGGAGAAGCCAUCAGACGCUCAUCCUAAGGACGAAGAGAAGCGACUCGCACCCGCGGAACGCACGCGGACCCGCUUUGCCGAUCCCACACCUACCAUUCCUCUGCUGGUGCGGCGGCUGAGACGAGCCAUCCGGUCGAGGAUUCUUCCCAAAGCCCAGAUCUCCACCGAAACCAAGUCCGCGAUGUCGAGCACUGCGAUGACGUUGCGUCGGAUGGCGAAGGCUCGGAGACUCUUGACAACGUCCACACGUCUGCUGAGUACUAAGCAUGAGGUGGUAGCUCAGAUCAAAAAGCGUCUAUUGAAUGAAGGUGCGCUACCGAAGGGGACCGGUGCGGGCGACGAAAUCGAGGUGGCGAUGUACAUGGGCGACGUGCAAGAUCAUAUCUUGACUCUGCAGCAUUCCCUGGUACAUUAUGAACGUAUACUCAGCCAGCUUCAUCCCACAUAUUUAUCACAACUUCGUGUCUCUGUCUCAACAACCAAGCAAGGAAGUGAUAAGGCCAUCAUGGUUCUUUCAAUCGUCAGUAUAGCGGUUUUAUGCUGCCAGGCAGUGAUAGGUUGUUUCUCGAUGAACGUUACAGUACCUACUAAUGGACAAGAACCUGGAUACCCGUAUAAUAUGUUCUACGUCGUCCUCUCAAUCGCCGUGGUUGCCUUAUGCCUGUACGGCUGUCUCGUCCGGUAUUGGUGGGUGCGAUCGAAAAGGAGACGAACUACUAUGCUGUAG